AUGGGCUGCACGGUGAGUCAGGAAGACAAGGCGGCCGCCGAGCGCUCGAAGAUGAUUGACAAAAACUUGCGGGAGGAUGGGGAGAAGGCGGCGAGGGAAGUGAAGCUGCUGCUGCUGGGAGCGGGAGAGUCCGGCAAAAGCACCAUCGUGAAGCAGAUGAAGAUCAUCCACGAGGACGGGUACUCAGAGGAGGAGUGUAAACAGUACAAGGCUGUGGUCUUCAGUAACACCAUCCAGUCCAUCGUCACCAUCCUCAAAGCCAUGGACCACCUCAAGAUCGACUACGAGGACCCAGCCAGAGCGGACGACGCUCGGCAGCUGUUUGCAUUGUCCUCUGCGGCGGAGGAGCAGGGAUCGAUGCCGGAGGAACUGGCCAACGUCAUCAAGCGGCUGUGGGCUGACAGCGGCGUGCAGAGCUGCUUCACCCGAGCGCGAGAGUACCAGGUCAACGACUCAGCGCCAUAUUACCUGAACGACCUGGAGAGGAUUUCCAGAGGGGACUACAUCCCGACGCAGCAGGACGUUCUGAGGACCCGUGUGAAGACCACAGGGAUCGUGGAGACUCACUUCACCUUCAAGGACCUGCACUUCAAGUAA